UAUCCCUGCACAUCAGAUACUACUGGAGGCGUAGCCUCUGGCUGAAUAGCCUGACUGUUUUGCUUUGAGUUUCGUAAGCGCUGCGGUCCAGACGGACAUUCGCAUUCACAUGGAAGAGUGAAAGGUUACCACUUGUUCCUGUACCAGCAAAACCCGCUGAUCACUUUGGCCAGCAUUUUAGACUGCGAUCAGCUGAAUAUGGCACGGACUUUGGGGUUGUUUGCAACUUGUUUGCUGAUUUUUCUUCUUUCAUUGGGCGCGAGCGGGGAGCGCGGCAGGGAGAGAGUUUAUUAUGUGGGGAUCAUUGAGGACUUCUGGGAUUACGCACCAAGUGGAAAAAACCUGCUUAACGGGAAAGACAUCGAAGACGAUGAGCAUGCAUCAAUAUUCCUACAGGGAGGGCCCCAUCGAAUUGGAAGUAUUUACAAGAAAGCUGUGUUCAAAGAGUAUACAGAUGCUUCAUACAGUCGCCUGUCUCCUCGACCUGAUUGGCUGGGCUUCCUGGGACCCAUACUGCGUGCUGAGGUUGAUGAAACUAUUGUUGUCCACUUAAAGAACUUUGCAACCAGGAACUACUCUAUGCAUCCCCAUGGGGUUUUCUAUGAGAAGGAUACAGAAGGUGCACUCUAUCCAGACGGGACAUCAAGCAAGUUGAAGAAAGAUGACUGUGUCUCUCCAGGAGGCAGCUAUACCUACCGCUGGGAGGUCAAGCCUGAGUUUGGCCCCACAGAUGAUGAUGCCAACUGCUUGACCUGGGUCUACCACUCUCAUAUUGACGCCCCCAGGGACAUCUCCUCAGGACUUAUUGGGGCGUUACUCACAUGCAAGAAAGGAGCCUUGAAGGAGACUAAUGAACUAAAUGCAGCCGAGGGAGACUCUGCCGCAAAGUCCGCCCGCAGUGAUGUCGACCAGGAUGUUUUCUUAAUGUUCAGUGUGGUGGACGAAAACAUGAGUUGGUACUUGAAAAACAACAUUCAGAGAUGUUUUGAUCCAGAAACAGUUGACCCAGAAGACCCAGACUUUAAAGAGUCCAACCUUAUGCACGCUAUUAAUGGGUACAUGUUUGGUAACCUGCCUGGAAUCGAGUUAUGUCAGCACCGCGCAGUAGCCUGGCAUUUGUUUGGGAUGGGUAAUGAGGUAGAUAUUCAUUCUGCAUUUUUCCAUGGGAAUACCCUGCUGGACCGUGGUCACCGCACUGACGUCCUUAGCCUGUUCCCAGCCACGUUCGCAACAGCCGAGAUGGUCCCAAAAGCAAAUGGAAAGUGGUUGCUGGCCUGCCAGGUUAAUGACCACUUGCAGGCUGGGAUGCAGGUCUUUUAUGAAGUGAGGUCGUGUAACAAUGAGGCCGGAUCCAUGCUGACAGGUGGAGUUGUAAGGAAUUACUACCUGGCGGCAGAGAAAGUCCUGUGGAACUAUGCCCCCUCAGGAAGGGAUUUGAUCAGCAACGUAUCCCUUACUGAAGCAGAUAGUCCAUCAGAUGUGUUUUUUGGCAGAGAUGAUGGAAGGCUCGGUGGUCAAUACAUAAAAGUGAUAUACAAAGAGUACACAGAUGAUACUUUCACUACUGAGAAAUCAGCUGAUCUUGGACAUUUAGGACUAUUGGGUCCAGUCCUGAGGGCAGAGGAGGGUGACACUCUCAGAGUGACAUUCCUCAAUAAGGCUGAUAGAAACUACAGCAUCCAGCCUCAUGGCCUUCAUUAUGAUAAACACUUCCAGGGAAGCAGCUAUGAGGAUGGUGUUGAAAAGCCAGGCUCCCAUGUUGGUCCAGGUGAGAACUUUACUUACACCUGGCAGGUCCUGGAAGGCCCAUCAUCAUCUGAUUCUUCCUGCAUCCCUUAUCUCUACUACUCUGCCACCGAUCCUGCCAAAGACACUAAUUCUGGACUAGUUGGACCUCUUCUUGUAUGCAAGAGAGGAGUGCUUGGGGACGACGGCAGACAGAAGGAUGUAGAUAAGGAGUUCUUCCUUCUUUUUUCUGUCAUGGAUGAAAACAUGAGCUGGUAUUUAGAUGAGAACAUUGAGAAGUUUGGCAGCAAUGAGACUAAUCAAGAGCACGAGGACUUUCAGGAGAGCAACAUGAUGCAUGCUGUAAAUGGGCACAUGUAUGGGAACCUUCUUGGACUGGAGAUGUGUUCAGGGGACAAAGUCAGGUGGUACACCUUUGGGUUAGGUACAGAGGUGGACAUCCAUGGCGUGUAUUUUGAGGGAAACACUUUCAACAAACAAAGCACCACCCGGGACACUCUCAACCUUUUCCCUCACACCACUGUAGCUGUCGACAUGAAGCCUGACACUCCUG